UCGAAGCAAAUAGAUCACCCACCGCCGUUACGAUCAGUCCUGUUAUUCUUCCGGUAUGGCAAACGACAGACCAGAACAGUCAUUACCCUCAUCCUCAUUUGAUGAACGGAAUUUACCAGCUCCAGCUCCAUCUCCAUCCGAUUACAUCGAAGCAAUAAUUUCAAUUUUACAUAGGAUGCGUGAUGGGGAAUCCACUAACGGCUACGGAUGUAUGACCUGCUACAUGCACGAUUUGCUCGGCAACUUGAACAAUCCCGAGCCACUGGACACUCUAGUUCAGUCUUGUGUCAUUGAGCAUUUCGCUGACUUUCACACAUCAAAAAAUACAAUAUACAGAGAGAAGGCCGAUUAUUUUAUUAGGCACCUGUUGCAUUUGAUGGUUGCUGAAACGGCAACAGGCUUUCUUGAUGAACGUGCUUCGAUCAUUCUGAAGUUAUGCAAGUUUUUGAGGUCAAAGGUUAGUUGUGAGGAUUCGUUGUAUGUUUUAAGUCUUCGCUAUUUAAGAGAUUUGGCGGAGAAGGGUAAUUAUAUGCUGAAUGACAAGUAUAAAACAUUUCACUUGAAGGACCAAAUUCUAGCCAUUUUUGAGGAUUUGGUAGAAAGAUUGCUUCUUGAUUUGCAUCGGUCCUUCAAUUCACCUUCAACCAAGGAGACCACGGAUUCAUUAGUCAGCGAUUUUCGUGACUUGAAGGCAUUUUUGCGCCUUUUGUACCGUGCUAUUCAGGAGAAGGAGAAGCAGGAGGAGAUGGAGAAGAAAGAGCAGGAGGAGGAAGAGGAGAAGACAAAAGAGAAGGAGAAGAAAGAGCAGAAGAAGGAGAAGGAGAAAGAGAAAAUUAAAGAGAAGGGAAAUAAAAAACUGGGAGAGGAAAAGAAGAAAGAGAAGGAGCCGGCGCCAAUUUCUUCACAAAGAGAUGAAUAUGCCACGGAAAAAAAGUCUCUUCGUUUUAUCUGUUUCAAUUUGUUGGAUAACAUUGCAGGUCUGCUCGAUAAAGUACAAUUAAGUCUAACUAAGGAAGGAAAGAUCAACGAAGAAAAAGUCCAACCUGGAUGGUUUAUAUAUCUCGCCAUUUUGGAAGAGAUGAAUUUCAUUUCUAGAAUUUGUCCCCGUCGAUUUAGGCUUGUAUUAAAUAAUGCAAAGCUUCCAUUACGUGCUCUAAUUGUUCGAUUUGCCAAGAGAACAGACGGCCAUGACUAUCAGUGGCUUCUUGAGCACAAAAAUGUAACUGAUAGUGAUUCUAGGAUGCAUUUGGCGAUGUUGAUGAUCCCAAGAGUUAUUGAGUCUAUAGAUGCAGAGUUGAUGAAGACGCUAGCUCGCUGGUUUCAAGAUUUGGACACAGAUCAAUUUGGGGUAUUCGAACAUAAGAGUCUUACAGAUCCUCAAGUAUUGCAUGAAUUGUUAUGCAAGUCAUGCAAAAUUAUAUUCAACCCAAAAAAUCCCCUUUUCGUAGCCCAUCCAGGCGAUCCUCCAAGCUUCGAUAUCAAUCCUGAAUUCAAUCCCGAACCCUCCCACUAUGAGUCUGUGGAAUUUGCUGGCAAAGUGAUUGCAUUAGCUGUAAUACAUAAAGUGAGAAUAGGUGUUGCAUUGGAUGGUGUGUUCCUAUCGCAGCUUGCUAAUUCAUCUUCGUAUUAUAGGUGUAAUAAGGAUGUGUUGGUAUCAUUUUUUGCUCAAGGCUUUGCCAGUGUUUUUGGCGUGUCAUUCAAAGAAUUGUUGUCUUUCAAAGGAUUACAAUAUGAAGACAUUAAUCAAGUGCUGUGUAGACCCUCGACAAGUUCAGUACUAUCUAAUAGUAAAAGAAAGAAGGAGAUACGCAUCGAUCCUCCAUUGUCUCACGGCAAGGAAAAAAGAAAGAAGGAGAUACGCAUCGAUCCUCCAUUGUCUCACGGCAAGGAGGUCAAAAAACCAGAACGUAACUUUAGGAAUUGGCAAAGGGGCUCAAUGUUGGGAAGUGGGUCGUUUGGAGAAGUCUACAAAGGAACUGCUGAUCCCAACGGAUUCCUUUUUGCUGCAAAAAAAGUUCCACUUGAAGACACACAAAAAGUCAGCUCAAUUGAGCAUACGGUUGGUUCACUACGUCAACUACAUCACGAAAAUAUAGUCGAAUAUUUUGGCACAAAAAAGGAGGAAGCAAAUCUCUAUAUUUUUCACGAGUUUGUAAGUGGAGGGUCUCUCGAUAAAGUUCAUAAAGAAUUAAUCCUUGAUGAUGCCCGAGUGUCCUGCUACACACAACAGAUACUGAAAGGUUUGAAGUAUCUCCAUGAGCAAAAUGUUAUGCAUGGAGACAUCAAAUGUGCAAACAUACUGUUGAAUGAUAAAGGAGUUGUGCAAAUUGCUGAUUUUGGAUUGGCAAAGGUCAUUGAUUCAGAGAAUCUCCACAAGUCAAGCAGAGCGAUUCCAGCCUGGUCCGCUCCUGAGGUCAUUGAUUCGACACGACAAGGAGGAUAUGGACUUGAAGCAGAUAUAUGGAGCCUUGGCUGUACCGUAUUAGAGAUGCUAAGUGGAGAAUAUCCAUAUUGUCAUUUAGAACCUUGGACGAUAUGGUAUUGGAUUGGAGAAGGUAUUCCACCUGAUGUUCCUGAUUUUCUCUCUGAUACUUCACGUGACUUUAUCGAGAAAUGCCUACAAAUUGAUCCAAAGGCACGUCCAACUGCGGCCCAGCUUUUACAGCAUACAUUUGUGAAAGAGGUCAAAGCAAUCAGCAGCACCUGCAAGCAGAAUGAGAAAAAUAUGUCAUGAACUGACGACAAAAUGGAUUGAUUAAUGCUUAUAGUAAAGAGCGAUGUAUGAUUUAAUUUGAUAUAUGGUGCAAAUUGCUGAUUUUGGAUUGGGAAAUGUAAUUGCUUAGAAUCUUUAAUUUGGUAUCA